AUGUCUGAUACAAGAUGGUCUUCAAGAAUUGAAUGUGUCAAGCCAUUUUCUAUGAACAUAGUAGGCAUUAAAGAGGCGAUCAAAGAGGUUCAAAAUCUUAAUCUAACUGCUGAAACUUUAAAUGAUCUUAGGGGACUUUCCAAGUAUGCCGAUUCAUUUGAAUGUGUAAUUAUGGCCUCUAUUUGGUUUAAAGUGCUGACCACAAUCGACUAUAGAAAUAAAGUCUUACAAACAAGAAAAUGUACAAUUGACGUGGAAGUGAAAAAUUUAGACAGCUUGAUAAAUGAUUUGACACAUUUAAGAAAUAACUGGGAAAUGAUUUUGGAAGAGUGUAAGCUUGUUGGUGGAAAUAUAAAUAGUGCAAUAACCUUUCCAAAAAAACGUACCAUAAGAAAGAAACUAGCUGAUGGGUCAACUCAAGUAGAUGAUUGCAACCGAGAAGAGAAGAUUAAGCAGGUGUUUUAUACUAUAAUUGACUGUGUGAUAGCCAAUAUUACAGUACGGUACACUGCUGUUCGAAACAUAGAUGAAAUGUUUAAUUUUCUAUGGAAAUUUCCAAAAUUUUCAACUGCAGAACUUGCUGAAAAAUCAAACACAUUUGUCAAUUUGUAUAGCAGUGACGUUUCUAGAGAUCUGGUGGAAGAAAUUAAUCACUUGAAAUCAAUUCAGGCAGCUAACUUCAAAAAUGACCUUUCACCUCUUAAUCUCCUUAACACACUAGAAAAACAAAAACUGAAAAGCAUUUUUCCAAAUGUAUGUAUUGCUCUGAGGUUAUUCUGCACACUGCCAGUGACUGUAGCUGAAGCAGAAAGAUCUUUCAGCACACUAGCAAGAGUAAAGAACUUUCUCCGAUCAACCAUGGCUCAAGAUCGACUUUCAAGUUUGGGCACACUUGCUAUGGAACCUGAUCUUGCUAGACAAUUGGAUUAUAAUAGCAUUAUCGAUACUUUUGCAAACAAAAAAGCUAGAAAAGCUAUUUUUUAA